GUUUGGGGCUAUAUUAACAUUGUCAUAAGAUAACACUAGCGAUUGUGAGGACGAACUCCGAUCACAGAUCACAGAUCACCGAUCACUGAUCACCGAUCAGAACUGUGACUGCGCCUUCCGUCCAAUGUUGGUUCUUCCCGACUGGCUCUAACUCUGCGCGAAGAGCUGCAAAACGGAGAUCGUUGCUUAGCCCUGCACCGUCCCUAACCCCGCAAAUGCAUAUAUACAGACUAUAUAUGUAUAAAAAAUUUAAAUGAAACUUUUCAUUUUGAUAUGCUCAGCCCUUUUCGCCAUUUCGAACAAAAAGAGCUUCUCUGUAUCGCUAAAGCUUCCCAGGAGCGCUCGCAGCAGUGGGCACGACACGAGUCCCCGGUCACUACUAAUCGGUUUUGAAAGGCUCAUUUUCACAAAGAGGAAGAAGACCCCGUGGAGCACCCGGGGGAUGUAUUUUAUUCGCAACUCAUUUCAUCGCAAGGGGUACCAUUUUUUUCACAACAGAUACGCAGCCAAGGCAAAAGCGCUUCAGUGCAGCAUGGAGACGAGUAGUAGCUUACCCCAAUGGGACAUGCCGCCCAAGGAGGGCAAGAAAAUAACGGGUUUGCUGGUGAACAACUCCCUGACGCGAAGCAAGGUGGAGUUCGUUCCGCAGGAGAAAAACCUAAUCAAGUGGUACGCAUGUGGACCCACGGUGUACGACGCAGCACACCUGGGUCACGCCAGGACGUACGUCAGCUUCGACAUCAUCAGGAGGAUUCUCGUGAAUUAUUUCAAGUACGACGUUUUCAUGGUGAUAAACAUAACAGAUAUUGAUGACAAAAUUAUUAAAAGAAGUGAAGAAGAGAAAGUAACCUUUACAGAACUAGCGAGAAAAUGGGAAUAUGAAUUUUGGGAAGACAUGAAAAAGCUGAAUGUCCUUCUCCCGACAGCCAUCACCAGGGUCAGCGAAUAUGUUGACCAAAUUAUUCAUUAUAUAGAAAAAAUUAUUGACAAUAAAUAUGCCUAUGUAAGUGAAGAAGGUAGUGUAUACUUCGAUAUUGACGAGUUUAAAAAAAACCCAAAACAUUUUUAUGCGCGCAUGGAACCACUCUCUGUGAAGGAUGAAACGAAAAUUCUGGAAGGAGAAGGAGAUCUAGGAGUCAUAUCAAAGAAGAAAAAAAAUUCAUAUGAUUUCGCUCUAUGGAAAUCAUCCAAACCAAAUGAACCUUAUUGGGAUUCUCCUUGGGGAAAAGGAAGACCUGGAUGGCAUAUAGAAUGCUCCACAAUGGCUAGUAACAUUUUAGGAAACAUUCUUGAUAUACAUAGUGGGGGAGUAGAUCUUCGAUUUCCACAUCAUGAUAAUGAAUUAGCUCAAAGUGAAGCUUUCUUUGAUGAAAGUCAGUGGGUCAAUUAUUUUCUUCAUUCAGGCCAUCUACAUAUAGAAGGCUUAAAAAUGUCCAAAUCUUUAAAAAAUUUUAUAACCAUAAAACAUAUGCUAAGUGAGUAUACCCCCAACCAAAUUCGUAUUUUAUUCUUACUGAACAAAUGGGACAGCUUCAUGAAUUAUAGUCCAAAUGGAGAAAGCAUGAUUCAGUGUGUAGAAAUUGACAAAUUUGUAUUCAACUUUUUCGCAUUACUCGAGAUGAAGAUAAAAAAUUUCCACUUAAGUAACUCCAAUUUAUUUUGGACCCAUCUGGAUAACAACCUUAACAACUUAUUCCGUUCAACAAAGAACAAAAUACAUCAGGCACUUCUAGACAAUUUCAAUACACCUGAAGUUAUCCUAGCGAUACAAAAACUAAUCUCUGAAAUUAAUAUAUACUUACAAAAUGAGAAAGUACAAAUUGGGUUACUCUUGGAAUUGAAGCAUUAUAUCUCCUUCAUAUUGGAGACCUUCGGGUUGGUGUAUGGUCAAUCGCAAAGUGGGAAGAAUGACAAAUUUGAUCAGCUUCUCCACACGCUUGGAACGUAUAGAAGUAACAUUCGGACCACACUACAGAGUAAUGCUAAACUGAUUAGGAAAAUUACGAAAGAGACAAAAGAUGUUACUAAGAAGGGGGGACAAGAACAUGGAAGUAAUCCUCCUUCCCAAGAGAGGGACCUACUUUACGCUGAGUUUGUUAACAGUGUGAAGGCUAACAAUGAGACGUUACUGAAGGAGUGCGAUUUGCUACGAGAUGAGCAUCUGCUAAAUCUCGGGAUACUCAUCGAUGACCGACCCAACAACGAGUUCGUCGUCAAAGUGCUCGAUGAGAACCAGCUGCAGCAGGAGAAGCGCAAGCGCGAGCAGGACCUCAGUAAGAGGAAGGACGCCGCCGGGGGAGCCGCAGCCCCCAAGGGAAAAAGUGACCAGAAUGACAAGCGGGAGUGA